CUCGGCGUCAUUCGCAGCUGACAUGCAGAGCUGUAUGGUUUCUCCUUCAAAGUACGUCACUUUUCUCACCUAGUUUAUUGUGGAAAAAUUUCAAAAACAUUGUGUGACUAAAUGUAUUUCAAAUUUUAUCAUUGAAAUAUACUCGUUGCUGAAGAAAAUAUUCGGUUCCAAUCAGUUUGUCAAACAGAUGAAACUAAAGCAACAAACCAAACUAUACUUCAACCCCACUUAACCCAAGUCUGAUCUAACAAUUUGCAUCUGUCCAAAAUACAAGAGUGCACCAUGUCUCUGCAAAACAACAAGAAAAAAGUGACUCAAAAUGAUUUGCGACGAGUAAUGAAUGAGCACAAGAAGAAGUUGACCACGGUAACGAGGAUUGAAUCACCAAUAGCCAAAUAUACAGAUUCUGGUCAGCUAAUCUGCAUUCUCUGCAAGAGCAUUGUACGCAACGAAACGGUGUGGAACGUUCAUCUUAAUUCAAAAACGCACAAGGAAAACAUAGCAUUGGCCAAAAAAUCUCAUACUCGAGCUGCAGCCCCUCCAGCAGUUGCUGUGCGUAGCUUUAAGCGAUCUUCCUCUUCGGGAGAUGGAGAUUCCUCGAACAAAAAAUUCAAAAGCAUUCUGAAAAAUGGCUCCUCCUUACAAUCUGCACUGCCAGAUGAUUUUUUUGACAAUACUACUGCCACUUCAAAUAAUAUGAGGUCCACACCCAAGCCUGAUGUAUCGAAACAAGAAGCAUCAGUUGAACUAGAAAUAAAUGAGGAUGUUAAAAUGAAGGAUACAGAAGAAGAAAAAGACCCAAGCGUUGCUCCUCUACCAGAGGGGUUUUUUGAUGACCCUAUAAUGGAUGCUAAGGUCCGAAAUGUUGAGUACAAAGACCCUAUCGAAGAAGAGUGGGAAAAGUUCCAAAAGGAGAUCAAAGAAGAGGCUGCACAGUCGGCGCAAAUCAUAGCUGACGACCAGGAGGAAGCAACAACCGAGAGACAGCUUGACGAAAUUGAAGAACAGAUGAGACACUGGUCCAGAGUUCUGGAGUUAGAGAGACGCAAGGAGCAGGUCCAGGAACAAGUAGAAAGAAAAAGUAUAACCGUAGAGGAGGAUGUAUCAAGUGGUGACGAAGCAGAGUUUAACGAGUUCUUGGAUUGGCGAGCCAAGAAAUCCUACAAAUAAAUCUGUAAAGCAAAUCUCUGUAUUAGGUACUAAUUCUAUUUGUAAAUAACAUUUUUCAAUUAUUUUAUUAAGCUCGAAUGUUCAUUUCACACUUGUAUAUAUACAAUACUUGUAUUGUUGUACAAUACUUGUAUAUAUAUCGAAUAUUACGACAAAUUAAAAAAAGUUUCAUAACCAA